AUAAGAUCGAUCCGCAGCAGACUUUGCGCACGCCGCGAAUUCAUCUCCUCUAACACAUCAAAGCUUGAUCCGCAAGUACUGACUGUACCAUGUCGAAGGAGCACAAGUAUCUCGCACCAGAAGCGUUCCCGGCCCCAGAGUACCUGGAAGGCCUCCCCACUGAGGACGAGCUGGACGACUCGACAGUCCUCUUCACUUGGGGAGAGCUGAAAGAUAUCAUCAAGAAGAGCGGAAGCGAUGGGUUCUCCCGCAACAAGGCAAUUGAGAAGCGCUACAAGGCUUGGAGCAAGGACAUCAAGGAGGACUAUGGAGGCAUCGACAAGUACAUGACGAACGCACGGCUGCCGUGGGCAAAGCGUAACCGCAAACUUGCAAGACAAUACACGCGCAAGGCGAGCAAGAAGGGCCAGGCGCAGGAGGAGGACGAGCACGAGUCGAGCGAGGAGACCGAGGACGAGAACACGGUGUCGGACGAUGAGACGCCCAACUCGGCGGCGUACGUCGACCUCGAUGCGAUCCAGGACAGGCUCAAGCUGGACAAGGACGACGAGGAGCAUCCGGACAACGACGCGUUCCUGCGCUGGGAGGGCGGUGAGCUCGACCGCUCGCGGUACACCGUCAUCUUCAACGACUGGCCGUACUCAAUCCCGCACGGCGUCAAGCAUUACUGCGUCUGGUCGCGGAUCCCGAUCGUUCACCCAGCGCUGGUCGACUACGACAAGAAGGAGUACGAGAAGAUCUGCGAGCACGGCCUGCAGGGCUUCACGGGAAUCACGCCGGUCAAGGGCGCGUACAAGAAGGACGUCGAGGCAGGCGGGCCCGAGCUCAAGAAGUGGGCGGGCGUCGAACACGAGGUCAAGGGCGGCCACGAGGUCGGCAAGAUGGUGGCUGGGCUGUGGGACCCACGGGGCUGGGAGUGUAUCUGGUUUGUCAAUCCGGCACCACUGCAGAGCAUCCCAGGCUUUGGGCACUUCCACGUCUUUGCGCGGCGCAAGCCCGACGACGAGAUAGACGUGUGUGAGGGCAAAGACGAGGAAAAGAGUGAGGAUGAGGAUGAGGAUGGUGACAACGACGACGAUGACAAGGACAAGAACAAGGACAAAGUUAAUAAGGCGAAAGACGACAAGAAAGCAAAGGAGGACAAGAAGGCGCAGGGCAAGGGCAAGGCCGGCAGUGACGACAAGGACUCGAAGGACGCAAAGAAGGAGAAUGGAGGCAAGUGAGAUGAUCGAGUUGGCUGUGACGGUGGUGGAUCUUGGCGUGUGCGGGCACAUGACUGACUGUGAUAAUGUAUCCAA